GAGAAUCAUUAAUAAAUAAUAAACGUCAGUUCUGUAUCAGCUGAUUGCAAAGGUAAACACUUUGAAACAUGACAGUUGAAAAUUGAGGAUAAACAACAUUAUAUUUGUUGGAGGAUGACUGACAGCUCAUUUUGUAUUUAUUUUUCAUGUCAACUUUGAUGUUUAUGCAACAGUGUAAGCUUUUGUUACCUGUUAGAGGAAAUUUACUGUUACGGACAUCUCUUCUAGCUAUGCAUUUUAAGUGCCGUGGAGGGUUCUACCCAAGAACAGAUGAUAAGGUUAAAAGGUUUGAAGUACCUGAUGACCAAGUCGAGUGGACAGAUCCUUUUCCUGAUUAUUCUCCAACUGAGUAUACUGCCUCACACAUAUUAGCUGGUGCUAGCUAUGCAGAUCCUGUGAUUGGUGCUUUGGGCUUCAAACCCCUCUGGAACGAUAUUGAUGGGAAAGUCAACCGAUGUUCACAUGAAGGAGAAUAUUCUAUUGUCAAUGAAAUACCAAGGAAUAUGCAUGGGCGCACGGGUGUUUGUGGUCGAGGAGUUCUUGGACGAUGGGGCCCCAAUCAUGCUGCAGAUCCCAUUGUUACGCGUUGGAAGAUGGAUUCAGGAGAAAAAGUUCUUCAUGAAGAUACUAAACAACCAAUUCUACAAUUUGUGUGCAUCCAGCGACGUGACAAUGGUCAGUGGGCAAUUCCUGGGGGAAUGGUUGAUCCUGGAGAGAAAGUUAGUGUAACAUUACAGCGAGAAUUUUUGGAAGAGGCUCUCAACUCUUUGGAUAUGACCUCAGGGCAAAAAGUUGAAGCUGAAGAAGAAAUUAAAGAACUAUUUAAGGGAGGUGAGGAAGUGUAUCAAGGAUAUGUAGACGAUCCACGAAAUACAGAUAAUGCGUGGAUGGAGACUGUAGCUUACAAUUUUCAUGAAAAUGAAUCUGAUGGCCUUCUGUAUCAGAUAAGUUUACAGGCUGGGGAUGAUGCCCAGGCUGUGAAGUGGCAAGAUAUUGGCAGUCAUCUGGAUCUCUAUGCCAGUCAUCGAGAUUUCAUUAAAAAAGUCGCUGAUAAACAUGAUGCCCACUGGUAAUUAUCUGUUUUUCUUAGUUCAUAAAAAGUGCUUUAGCAAUUUCAUUUACUGAAAAUGCUCUGUAAUUUGAUAGACAUGCAUACUAGAGGAUAAGUAACAUAUAAGUUUGCCUACCCUUUAUUUCACAGAUUUGUGAAAGGUAUAUGAUCAUAAAGGAUUAAUUUUUCCAGACUGAGCGUAAUAAAGGCUCCUCUCGGCGGGUUAUUUUAAUCACCUAUUUUGAUUAGGUAUUUUUUUACAACCUGAUCAUUUGUUCCUCUCCAUUUUACUGUUCUCUUUAAGUUAGGGAAUAAAACAGCAGUGUAUUUGUAAUAAUAUACGGACUUCUUUAUUUUAAGACAUAAAAUAGAGUUGCAUUUAACAUCUACAUGCUAUACUGUACUACAGUGGUAACCAAUCAACUCUACUAUCAUAUAAGUCCUAUUUAGAAAAAAAAAAAAAAGAGAGUUUGGUGAGGCUGUAAUCUGCUGAUUACAGCAUACCAUUUUUUGCUAGUUGUGAUAAAGUUUGCAAACACGUUUAACACAUGCUAACCUAGUUUAUAUUUCCACAAAAUGAAAAUUUGUAAUCCAAAACUAGAAUAUUUUUAAAAUGUGCUUUGUUGUGAGUGGAAAGACUAUGUUAACUUUAAAAUAUCUAGUAAAAUGUCCAUGGCUGAAAAAAUUUUUUAUGUCCAAAAAUACUCUGGUUCUGUAAACGCAUACUUCCUUCUCUUGGAACAAGUUUUGCAUCUAAUGUUUGCGCAAACAUUUGUACAGUUGUUCAGUAGAUAACCAGUUCUGAUAAAAGAACAGGUAGUGGUAAUAAAAGGACAGGUAGCGAGGAGAGAACAUCAUCAAUGUAAAUUUUCAUCAGUACUCCAAUUACAAUAGCACAGUAUUGUCACUGAACACUGUUCAUUCUGAUAGAGUUACGUAGGUGAAGAGCUGAUUUUAAGAAAGUGCCACUGUAGUGAUGCUGGAUAUGGUGAAAGGAAGACAUGGGGUUUGGUUGAUUUAUAAGCCUUGACAAAUGAAUUUUCAUACUGUAAAAAUCAAAUAUCACAGCAUUGUAACAAAGUAACGGUUCCUUCACAUCUUGCUUGGACUCGACUAGACUUGACGUUAGGCACAAGGUUCCGUAAAUUUUACUGCAGUUGAAGUAUACCUAAAAGAAAUACAUCAAGUUGACUGAAGACCUUGCAACCAUGAUUCUGCACUGUAAAUAAACUUCAAAGAAUUUUUGUUUUCCCCAAUACUAGAAAAUUGAAUUUCAAGAAAUUUCAAGUACAGAGAUUUCUUUUCAAACUUAUACUUACUGGACUCUUAUGAGAAAAUGAGAAUCAAAUUUUCUUCUAUGUCAGUCAGGCUCAUUCUUCCUACAUUGAUGAAUUUGACAAAAGAAUUAAGAGGAGAGUAGUUUGGAAGGGGAUAACGAUCAUUUUGUUCAUUCCUCUGAAAGAAAGAUGGGGAAAAGGAAGCAACAGAUGAAACUUGUUCUUUGGCACGUUCACACGUGUAUGUACAGUCAUGUAUGUGUCAGGACAGAACAGUACAUAGUGUGUAAUAGUUCAUUAAAAGUUUGAGCAAAACAGUUACUUUCACAUUAUGAUACAAGGGUACACGAAUGCAAUGCCCUCUGCGAACAAUAUUCGGGUAGAUUCUAUAUAUGAAGUAAAAAUACAUACAGUACAAAAUAGAAAUGUGAAGUCAAUUACAGAUACUGUAAGGUAGGUAUUAAUACAGUCUAAAAUGCUGUUAUUUGCUAAUUUGAAACUGCUUAAUUGAACUUUAGUUAUAAGAAAUAUCACUUUCACCGUCUGUAGAUGAUUGAAGGAGCUGAAAGGAACUCAUUUAGGUAAUUAUA